GAGUAUUAAUUUUUUAAAUUGUGUUCUGAUGUUCUAAUUGUCUUUACUGUAUUAGCUUGUGUCUGAACCACCAUUAUACAUGUAAUAUAACUUGUUUUGUGCAGAUACCUUUUGGGAGUCGUUAAGUCGUUUUUCAACCGGCUCACUUAAGCGAGCUGUUCAAACGAACCGAAUCACUAAGAAGAAUCUGUCUUGGACAGAGAGUGCGGUUCGAACUAUACAAUUCCAAGAAGCCGAAACCCACAUGUUUGCUCAUAGAAAUGAAUUACAUGAAUGUUUUCAAGUAACACAUUAAUAACCAUAGGAAAUAAAGUUUGAAUAAAGAGCAGAAUGCGUUAUAUACGUAUGUUUGAGUGUUUUGCUCUAUAUGUUGUAAUGAGCAGGACAGUUAAAACUGAAACAUGUUGCCAUGUAAACAAAGGAGGCUGGACAGUGAAUUCAACUCAAUUGUCUUUACCAUAGUGAAGGUGGUGUGUUGGCCGUCUUGUGUGCCAGUGAUAUUUUUUAAACAUGUCGGUGCGGGAAUCUUUUAACCCGGAGAGUUAUGACCUCGACAAGAACUUCAGACUAACACGCUUCACAGAGCUCAAGGGAACGGGCUGCAAAGUCCCUCAAGAUGUGCUCCAGAAACUACUAGAAUCCCUGCAGGAAAACCAUUAUCAGGAGGAUGAGCAGUUCCUCGGGGCUGUAAUGCCCAGACUAGGCAUUGGUAUGGACACCUGUGUAAUUCCGCUGAGACAUGGAGGCUUGUCACUUGUGCAGACCACAGAUUAUAUCUACCCCAUAGUGGACGACCCAUAUAUGAUGGGGAGAAUUGCUUGUGCCAAUGUGCUGAGUGACCUGUACGCCAUGGGGGUGACGGAGUGCGAUAACAUGCUGAUGCUUCUUGGUGUCAGCAACAAACUCACAGAGAAGGAGCGUGAUAAGGUCAUGCCUCUGAUCAUCCAGGGGUUUAAGGAUGCAUCCGAGGAGGCGGGAACCUCUGUUACAGGAGGUCAGACUGUUGUCAAUCCUUGGAUAGUGCUGGGAGGCGUGGCUACAACUGUGUGCCAACCUAAUGAGUUCAUUAUGCCAGAUAAUGCAGUACCAGGGGACGUGCUGGUUCUUACCAAGCCUCUAGGAACACAAGUGGCGGUCGCAGUGCACCAGUGGCUGGAUAUUCCAGAGAAAUGGAAUAAGAUAAAGUUGGUGGUCACUCAGGAGGAUGUUGAACUGGCUUAUCAGGAGGCCAUGCUGAACAUGGCUCGACUCAACAGAACAGCGGCCGGGCUGAUGCACACCUUCAAUGCACACGCAGCGACUGACAUCACAGGGUUUGGGAUCCUGGGUCACGCUCAGAAUCUGGCCCGGCAGCAGCGUACAGAGGUGUCCUUCGUUAUUCACAACUUGCCCGUUCUCGCCAAGAUGGCCGCCGUCAGCAAAGCUUGUGGGAACAUGUUUGGCCUUAUGCACGGCACCUGCCCAGAGACUUCAGGAGGUUUGCUGAUCUGUCUCCCACGUGAGCAAGCAGCCCGUUUUUGUGCCGAGAUCAAAUCUCCCAAGUAUGGCGAGGGUCACCAGGCGUGGAUCAUCGGCAUCGUGGAGAAAGGCAACCGUACGGCGCGCAUCAUCGACAAACCCCGCAUCAUUGAAGUCGCACCGCAAGUGGCCACACAGAACGUCAACACCACCCCGGGAGCCACGUCUUAAACCUGACCCCGUGACCCCUGAGCGGCCAGAUCGGCUGGAGUACUCUAGCCUCACCUGAAGAUAUAUCAGCGUAAUGAUAUAUAAAACAUCUGCCCACCUUGGCCUUCAGGCAGAUUCCUCAACAUGGACACGGUUAUAAAGCAGAAGAACAUUUAACAAAGAAAAUUCAAUUGCCUUUUUAUGUCUAUAGUUUUCUGUUACAUUAACCGAACAUGCACCUGAUUGUGAGGCAGCUUCCAAGUAGAACGAAUAAUUAAUAGUAUAAUUCUGAUCUGAUACUGUUGAUUACUUCCAGAUUUCUUCUGCUCACACAUCACCUGCGGAUUCAUACUUAGCCAUGGUGUGUUUUAGCCUUUCCUCUUAGUAUGCACAACCCAUGCGGUAGUUCACGUCGUAAUCUUUGCCUCGAACAAUAGUUAAUGAAGCUGCAGUGACGAGGAAGAGUCGGGAAAGGAUUGCUUUUUUACUUUUGUAUUACGUCGGAUAAAAUAACCCUCCCUCGCUGUUCGGUGGAAACGUUGGACUGAAGGAAUCCAAGGUAAUACCUCUCUAAUAAAUCAAGUCCUCGUAUUUUGGGAAACGCUGUUUCUCAAAGAAUGUGCUAAACGUUGGAGAUGCAGUUUAUAUUGUGUGAUAUUCACUGUUUCACAUGAACAUCAUUAGUUCUGUUCUGUGGUAGAGCUGUUUUUAUAUUCUGUACAAAGGUCAUACUUUCUCGCUCUGUCAUAUUUGCUAAUCAUUAUAUAUAUAUGCCUUGAAAACCAGUCCAAUAAAUCUCAGUUCUUUUUUUUUUUUUU